UGUAUAUCGUUAGUCUUGUUAGUUUUUACUGCAUAUGAAGAAUACUUAAUAUUUUUGAUUGCCGGUGAUAUUUGAAUUUCGAUGUGGAUGUCGCGUAUUGAAUUAGUGAUUAUUUAAUCAGACUAAGAGAAUUAUCCAGGAUGCAAUUAUUCAAUGUCGUUAAUUUAAUUUACUCAUCUUAAUUUAAUAUACAUUUUUGUACUUAUAAAUAAUAAUAAUAAUAAACCUGGCAUCUUCACGACGGCAUUUUCAGGGGCCCAUCUAGUGGGCGGCGAGUCACCGCCUGCCUCGAUAACUAGUGGAAACAUUGUUAUGGCAGGUGUCCGGACGUCUUUGCAAUAACCCAGUCUCAUUGUCCUCCCAAACUUCAAUCCAUAGACCGUUAUACUGUUCAUUUUUACUACAAUAGUCCCAAUGCCUGCUGCGACCGGUUCAUGGGUGUCUAUUGUUGCGCCUGUGAACGGGUUCCAGCAGGCGUUCUACAUGACAUUAAAGCUCUCCAAGGGGCCUCUACGUGUUGGAUCUAUAUCCCCACGCAAGCCUAUCACGCUGGACCAUUGUAGGUAAGGGACUUUACAAUUGACAUACACGCUCAUACCAUACACCUUUGAAUUAUAUAUGUAUAUAAAUAGUCCUUUUAUUAAUACACAUGAAAGAACUAUAUUUGUGUUAUUAAAAGAACUUAUGUUGAUUAUUAUUUCCAAUUUCGUAUGGGCGUUCGUUCCUCAAAUCCUGUUAUGACUGCAAGGUUUUUGUUUGUCAUAUCAUACUCGUACUAAGUCCUCUAAUUAUAUAGAGGCUUCAUUCAUGUAUUGUGUACUGAAAUAAAAUAAAUUAAUACUCUUAUAAUAUCUCUAUAUUCAUGGUAAAAACGAUAGCAAGUCCAAAUCGCAUACAGAAUUGGCUACCUACUCGUAUUCUUUAAGCAUUUUCUCCUUGUUGCUGAUGUGCACCAGUCGCAACAAUGUUAGAAAAACUCAAACGACUAUAUAACAAAUAUGACUUUGACUAUUCCACUGGGCAGGUUGACCCGUACAAGUUUCAUUCUACCUUUUAUUUUAUUCUGAAAGCGUUUACGGUAAUCGACGAACCUUUACCGAUGUGGAGUUACGUUUCUCUUGCGGUAAAUGUAUUCGACGCAACAGUCGCUGUUUUUUUUGCUGGUAUCGCAACUGUUCACGGUAUUUCGUUACUUGAUAUAUCAAUCACAACCGAGGCCGGUGUGUACUGCAUCGUGCUGAUAUACAAGUGCCUGAUUCUCACCUGCACCCAACUUGACAAGGCACACUAUCAUUGUUUCUUGCGGGUUCUGCGGGAGGAUUUUCGAUAUGUGUGUGCUGAAGGAGCUAAGUACAGAGAGAGAUUCUUCGAAAAUCAACUGGAAACAUGGAAAGUAUCCCUGUGCUCUGUGAUAUUCACGUUUGGCAUUGCAGUUGGCAUGGCUUCUUUCGCUCUGGUGUCCCUCCUUUUCUACUUAAUGACCAGAACUCCUGGCGACGGCAGUCAGAGACCUUUACUAGUUCCCUUUUGGUUCUGGGACCUGGACUUUGGAAAAACGCCUGUUUAUGAAAUAGCCUUAAACUUUUCGAAUUUUUGCUUUGUAACUUAUGCGUACAACUAUGUUUUUAUGAUACAAACUCAAGUGGUGUGGGUGAGGCAAAUCGCAACAAAAGCCGAUUUAGUUAUUUGGGCCAUCCAAGAUCUUUUGCAGGACAUCCACCCGGCUACCAACGAAAAAGAAAAAGUGCACUAUGCAGAGUUAAUUAAAUACAGAAUGAGAGAAAUAGUCUCUCAACAUCACUCCAUGUACACUUUGAUGGAGGCCUACGCUGGAGUUUACAAGAAAUUAUUAAUGUUUGAACAAAAACUUUGUGGCCCCGUGGUUUGCUUGACAGCCUACUGUACCGCCGAGAAAUUGGACGAGGGAGAAUUUAAUGCUAUACUAGUAUUGCUUUGUAUUGCAACAGUCACGUUAGUCUACAUCCCGUGUUAUUUGUGCACCUUUCUGGGAUUAAAAGUGAGAUCAGUAAGUGAUGCUUGUUGGAAUAUUUCGUUUUGGAACGCGGGUCGUGAGAUACGUCCAUACUUAGUUCUUAUCAUGCAGCGAUCAUUGCGCCCGCUCCCGCUUCAAGCCCCUGGCUUUGAAGAAAUAUCUAUACAAACAUUUUCCACCAAAAUGACAAAUGCAUAUUCAUUAUUCAACAUGCUGCGGCAGACCAACAUAUAGAACUUUCUCGGUUCACUUUUAAUUAUAAUUUGCACAUAGCGUAGCGCCUACACUUACCGAUCACUUUAAAUAUUUCCAAAACGAGAUGAUGAUUGUAUUUAAAAUAUAAAUUUAAUUGAGGUAUACAUUUAAAUUAAAAUAUAAAUUUAAUUCAGAUAUACAGUUAAAAGUGUUAAUUUUCAUACAACGCGGCCUCUUACACUGACAGACUUACUUAAAUCGUAACGAACACAACAACGCAUUAUAUUCGCUACAUAGGUAUUUCUUAUAAAAUUAAGAUAAAUGCUAGUUUACUUUUGAUUAAACACACCGUUAAAAUUAGAUCAGCUGUUAGUAGAACGGUUAGAGAGCCGUAAAAUUCACGUCACGUAAAACUGGCGCCCAACAUGGGGCCAAGUAAAUACAUUGUUGUUACCCACUAAGGCAAUUAUUUGCUUUAGUCGAGCUUGUUUUAUUGUAUUUUUGGUACUUACUGUAACAAUAAAACAAUAUUUGAAAUAAAUAGUAUUACUUGCUGUGUUAAAAACCUUCUUAAUAUUGUUAUCUAAGUGUAAUGUUUUAAGGCACAAGAUACAGCAUUGAUUUAAUUGAAUCUAGCGCCGUAUUGACAAUCAAGUAGAAUCCUUCUACUAGAAAACGUCACACAACUAUUAAAUAUAUAUAUAUAAAUAUUUUUAAAUGGGCAAUAAACCGCCAGAAUAUGAUUAAAAUAAGGGAGGCACGUCGUAUACAACACGUAAAUUAUCACGAUCCAGUGAACAUUGAAAAUAGACAAGGAGGAAAGAGAAGAGCUUUAUCCAAUAAUAAUUCUCACUUGAAUCGCUCUAUUUGCUCGACGUCGCACGAUCUGAUAUUGAAUAUGGAUAAAGUGAAUUAUAUUCAGAGUGGCGGGCAGCGUCGACUCGCAGAGUUUCAGAUAAGAGGAUUACUUACAAGUUAUAAUUGGUUCUCGCUAUUCAAGUGAAUAAGAGAAAAACCAAAUGUCUUUCAUAGCACCUCUAGAGAUUGUAGAUAAAGAUCGUGCUUUCGUAUUCCUUUUCAAUGAAGCCUUUCAGCCGAGAAGGGCGAAUAGCCUUUCCGGUUAAGAUUAUUAAGAAAGUAUUCCGGUACUGAUCUGUAUCCAAUUAACCUAGUAUUCAUAUUAAUAAUUGAGGAACAGGGCCUUGUCUGCGCACCAAGGAGAGAUAAGUUUCAGCAUUUAUUAAAAAUCAACUAGAUACUAAACGUUCAAUGUACCAUUAAAUCAUCCGUCUUCUAUAAAAAUCAUCAGAUUUUUUUAAUCAAUUAUAGUACUUAACUUUUUUUUUUGUGUUGGACAUUCAUCGAAAUAAAACAUAUUCUUAAAUAUGUAAUUUUUUAACUAGGUACCUAUAUACAGCUUAAGAAAGCUAAACAAUUGGGUACUUGUUAGUUAUUGAAAUCGUAAGUAGAACAAUAACCCUAAUUGAGCUGCUUUCAUCAAAUUAAAAUAAUUUAUUAUAUCAGAUGUUACUUUACAGAAAUCCAAAAUAAAACAAUAAUAUUGCUUUUUCAAGUUUUUACUUUUAAUUAUAACCGGUUAGCAUUCAUUGACUAUCACAUUACUACAUUAUUUUAGUCAUUAACACAAAAUACGGAGUAUCUGUAUGCCCUGCUCUUUGGCGGCUGGUAUGUAAAAAAGCCGUCACAUUGAAUGGGCACCAUUAGGAGCUCUCAGCCCGGACAUGUUUGUUGGUAACACAAUUACCACUGCACCGACGGCGUCCUGCAAUCUGAUGCCGAUUCAAUUAACAUCGAGGCUUACCUAUUGUCUCUCUAUUGGUUUAUAUGGGCGCUUUGAAUGGAUUUAGAAGUUGUUGAAAAAUAUUUCAAUUCAAGCUCAAUCAUUAGUAAUGUUUUUUUUAGUUCGUACGUAUAUAUAUUACCUUUAGAUUGAUGUAAAAUAAACUUGAUAUGUUGAAAAUUUUAGACCUAGAGAAAGACAUUUAGGUUUCUUGUAGCAAUUAUUUAAGGGAUAUGAUAACAAAAUACAUAAUGUAUAUACUCGUAUACAAAGAAAUACUAAUAUAUACAAAGAACUAGCUGAAAUUUGAUAUAGGCCCUGGAGGCAUUGUACCAAGAAUGCUGGCGGCAUUUCCUCAUUGUAUCGUAAUAGUGAUACUAGGGAUAUAAUUAGCGCGUGGAACUUUUGUAUAGAAGAGAGUAGGUAAAUAAAUUCACUGCGGCUUUCAUCACAGGAAACGAAAUUAAUGGGUUACACGUGUAAAACGAAUACAUUGAUACUGUAAAAAGGUCUACCGUCAUCCCCUACAAAAGUGAAUUUGUUCUCGGGAACCAAUGUUCCCAAGAAUCGGUAAUUUAGGGAAAUAUUCAAAUUUAGUAAAUGUAAACAUAUGUUUGUUAACAUUAAACCGGUCUUUUUGACGACCGGUCUGGCCUAGUGGGUAGUGACUCUGCCUAUGAAGCCAAUGGCCCCGGGUUCAAAUCCUGGUAAGAGCAUAUAUUUGUGUGAUGAACACGGAUAUUUGUUUCUGAGUCAUGGGUGUUUCUAUGUAUUUAAGUAUUUAUAAUUAUACUACAUUAAAUAUAUCGUUGUCUAGGUACCUACUGAGCUUACUGUGGGACUUAAUCAAUUUCUGUAAUAAUGUCCUAUAAUAUUUAUUUAUUUAUUAUUUAUUUAUUUAAACCAUUACGAGUGGACUAAUGCAUUAUACAAAGUGCAAAAAAUCAACAUCGAUUUACUUUUUAAGUAAAUUCUCGAUGCUACUAGGAAUAUUUCCAAUGUUACUCGGUAUUUUCCCAAUCUUACUUGGAAGUAUUCCCCUUGACUGGGCAUACUCAAAACCAAUUGAAUUUCAGAAGGUUGUUUUUCAAGACAUGCGUAAUUUAAUGACAUAAUCCGUCGGUCUCUUGCCACCAUCAAUGUGCCUACUCUUCUUGAGCCGACUGGCAUUAUCAGGGGUUUCCUUGAUUCCUUGGAGCUUGGGACGAAUGUAAGUAUAGGAUGCUACCUGCGUAGACACAUUGGCACCGUACCACCGCCAGCGGACUAUGGCAAAAGCGAGCGCAGUGGCGGAAAGCGUCGAAAUUUUGAAACGUAAAAAAAGUAAGAGCCUCGGUAGAGAGUACAAUUUUGUACCAUUUAGCGUUGAAACUCCAGAUCCAUGGGGUCUCAGCGUGCAAGUUUUAUGCAGAAAUAGAUGCGUCUGGUUGACAUAACUGGUGACCGAAGAGCUGGCGGCUUCCUCGCACAACGUAUCAGUAUUGCGAUACAACGACGAAAUGCCGCCAGCAUCCUUGGUACAAUGCCUCAGUUAUAGUAAUCCUCCGUAUAUAUCCAUAGUCCUCCCACCUCCCACCGUAUCUGCCCGUAUGUUCGCAAUAAACUCAAAAAUUACUGAACGAAUUUACAUUUGAAUAGAGUGAUUCUUGUGGAAUGUUUGUGUUAAUUGGUUGAAAUAUUAUGAUGCUUACUAAUGACGUUUGAAAAGAUCGCGCUGGCUCGGUCCUUUAAUCGAAAACGUUGCCCAGUUCUUUUAAGAUAUAACAUUAUAUAUUGCAAAGUUAUUUAUGAGCCAAAACAUUGCUCUUUUGCUUCAUCGUCACAAAUAUAGUUACUGAUAAACUCAUAACAUAUAAGCUUACGUUUAUAUUAUAAAAUAAAUAAUGUGUAAAUGUAUACUGUUUCGCAACUUUCCGCUAACAAAUCUGAGUAAAAGACAUAGCUCUUGCCACGAGUUAAAAAGAAGUAAACAUAAUUAAGCCAUUUCUAUAUUUCCAAUUGAAUUAACUAAGUAUUACGUAAGAACAGUAAUGCAUUCACAGGUAUACAUAAAUAAAUGAUAAACCUUAAGUAAUAAAUCUUUAUUUCCAGAAAUUCAAAUUACAGAAUGUAGCAGGGGUCUCCGCACUAGGCUUCGCCUGUAUCGCGGGGUACCAGGAAUACAUUAACCAACAGAAUAAAAGUGACAAACAUAAAGUCCAGCAUUUGGCAAAAUAACUUAGUUAUAACUAACAAUCAUAUUGCAAUACAAUGAAAGUAUAGUAUGUACAUUAUAGUCUGACUAUACAUACUUACCUAUGUAUAAAUUAGCUACUCGUAGAUUAUCAAACAUAACUUCUGUCUCGGCAUAACUAAGAGUACUUAAGAAAUUAAAUACGAGUUUUUUUACUUCUAUAGUGGUGCUAGAUCUAAGGUUACAACACCGUUUAAGUGUGGAAUUGUAAAUUGUCACUCGAAUGCGACUUCCAAAACGUUUCCCAAAGGAGGAACGUACUUCGGAAAUUGGUAAACUGAAAAUGCGGUUUUGAACUAAGGUGUUAUAUGCAGGCAAUGUUUUAGAGACUCUGUGUGUGUGUAUAAACAGAUUUUGUGUUGUAUAUUAAUUAAUUUUGGGAAUAUUACCGGAAACAAUAGAAAUUACUGGGAAUAUUCCCAAAUAGUAAAUUAAUUUACCGACGGCACAACACUAUUUGCAGGUACAGGAGUUUAUCUUCUGUGACAAAUGGUCUAAGAUAUGCCCUAACACAUAACCAUCGGCUUUAAACGAUGAAAAAAGUUCAAAUACACGAAAUAAAAUGCGUUUGUACGGGACAGUUUGUGGAAUGCAUCUAAUGUCCCUACUUUAAUUCCCACGUCCCACGCCAAUCCAUAUGCGAUAUUGGACCUAAUUUCACUUCACUGCAAUACGUUCCUUAUACGAAGCACUUGUAAAAACCAGUGACAUUCCGGGAGUGCCGACAUAAGUGAAAACUUGAACAAUAACGUGUGUAUUUUGUCAGGAAAUUUUUUAAGCUUUACUAGAUGUCGGUUGCGGUAGUGGUAACAGUGUACCGCGAGUUCAAUGUUUUUAUCCCCAUCUCAAAAAAUACCCAACGCGCCUAAAGAAGUGUUCACUUCAAAAAGUAUAACUAAUAAUAUAAGUAUGUCAAAUUCUUGUUUCAUCUUAUAUGAAUCGGACCUUUCCAUGACCUUUGUGAUAAAAAUCCAUCCCUCCGUCCAUCGCGAGUUGUCCACCGCACUCGCGGUCACGCUGGAAGCUAUUUGCCGGACUGACAUUAUCGUAGCGGCGAAUUUUCUACAAUCUCUGUCCUUUUGUGUCCGCAACUGGUCGUGACAUGUCAAUUACGAUAUCCUGCGAGCUUCUGCGGUCGUUACAAGCGGGGCGUCAGUACGUAUCAAAGGAUGUGACCAUAAUCUAAUAAUACUAUAUUUUAUACCCGCUAGUGCAAGCGUGUCUCAUUACUUAGUUUGAGUAAGUAUAGCAUGAGUGCUGAUGUGAUAACAUUGAAGUAAAUAAAAGUUCCUGAGGUUAGUAACAGUUAUUGGUUUCACAAGGGGACAAACUUGUUGUUUAACCGCUCGUUUUACACCAUAAACAAGUAGGUAAGCAUAGAAUGCUCACUCCAUACAUCAGUUUUCUUACCAGAACGCUUAAUAUGACUACGAAAAUAUAGUCUAUGCUUACUUAUUUAUCUAUGCUUUACACCGAGUAAUGCAAUGUUUGGUACAGAGAUAAGAAAACUGGGGGAAAACUUAAACAGUGUGCUAUGACCAAGUAUGAUCAAUGUGUGUGUCUAGCCCUUAACUUAUAUAUGUCAAUAAACUAUAUAAACCCUGAGCAUUUUCUCAACUUUUAACAUAAAAUUCGUCUUUACUUCAAUAAGAAUAUUUCCUGUAUUUAAAAUACAUUAUUUCACACCAUUAAUGAAAUAAAGCACAAGAACAUAAUAUGUUCUUGUUAUAAGUCACAAAUACUAUUUUAUAAAUCGGAUAUAAAGAAAUAAAAAAGGUGAGUUGAUAUAUGACUAUAUCAGUUUUUUUUUCACAGCUCUAAAAAAGAAACUAUUUUGACUAGUAGAAAAGUACCCUAUUGCGAGUUGCAGUAGCGGCCUUGCUAAAAGCCGUUUGCCGGACGGACAUUACCGUGGCGGCAAUUUUUCUACAAUUUCUGCCCUUUUAUAUGCGCAACUGGUGGUGACAUGUCAUUACCAUGUCCUACUAGCUUUUGCGGUCUACACGACGUGAGUAGAUAUUUAUACAUUUAAUUAUAAUUGUUUCGUUAUAUAUUAGGGAUCUUUAUAAACUUUACUUUUAGGUUUUCUUAUAAUAAAUAUGUUAUCUAACUACUAAUAAAGCUAGUAAUAUACCAGAACACGUAGUCUGUGUAAGCAUUUUGCUAAAAACUAGGAAAAAAAUAAGAAGGUAAAACAUAUUUACUGAAGAACCCAAAAGUAUCACACACAAAAGUAACAAGUAGCCGCUGACUUCCCUAUAGAUCAUUCAGAUAAAAAUAUCUCCGUGACAUAUCAAUGCAAGAAAAACUAUUGAAACAUAACAAAAGCACGAGUGUAAAGUAGCGCGUCGUGAUUUCCGGCGUAGCUCAAUAGAAUAGCACUAAAAGCAACACUUUAACUGACCAUCGGUGGGCCUUAUGUCCUCACAAUAAGGUUUACAUUUUGUCAGUUAACAGUGUUGAACACUUGAACAGUACUGUGACGAGCCUCCAGCGCGGAGGAAAUAAGAUGCCACUCAGAACACCGCUGACGGCCGGACGCGGACGUCACGUAUCCUGUGCAGUCACAGAUGUGACACUUGUGAACUAAAUAUUUUCCAAUAAAUAGGGAAUGGCUCUUUUCGGAAAUUUUAUCGCUAGGACGUUUAUUGUAAAAUGUUUUCGGAGAGACAAGAAUUAAUGUUAAUAAGGAAAUUUAGACUUGUUUUUCGUGUAUACUGUAAUCUUGUAUUAUACACAGGAGCUUAAUAUAUACAUAUAUAUUUUCUUUCAAUAGAUAACAAUGGUCCAUAAUGGUUAGUAACAUUUAAGAUUUAAAAUUGUGCUAGUAGAACAAAAACAAAAAGCGAACAAGCAAAAAACAAUCACCUGGUAGCGGUCACGAUACACUCAAAAUGUCGCACAAUAGGUGAGUCGUAUCGGCUCGCUACAGUACCUACCUAACCAGGAUGGUGUUGGUGGGCUGUUUAAUGUUUAUUUUUAUAAUAUUAAAAUAUGAAGUUAUUAUUUAUUUAAAUACUAUGUUUUUUUUGUAGUUACUAUUCUAACAUGGGUUAAUUUUUCAAUAAAAAAGAAAAUGAUUAUUCAUUUUCUAUUUCUUGGCUAUUUUCAUUUUCCAUCUCGAUAUCUGUAGCGUAAUGGCAAUGGAUGCCAACAUUAAAUUUGAUGAUAAUGAAAGGUAUUGGUAUGGUUGGGAAUGAAUUGAGGUAUUGUAGAUUAUCUAGUGCUUUCAACACAUUAUGGCCAUUCACCGGUCAUAAAAUCAAAGGUGGCUAAGUCGUUCAGUUAUUGAAUAAUUAUGUUUUUACCACACCAAUCGGGUAAAGACUCUCUUGAUUGUUCAAAAACAGAUGAGAAAGUUGCUUUUUAUCCACAUGUGUGCCAAAGUAGUCUGAUGCAAAUUCUGAGUUGUUUCCAUAAGUUGGCUGCUAAAAAUGGCUUUUAAAUAAUGAUUUUGAAUGAUAAAUAUUUAAUAACAUUCUAUUGGAUUGGAUUUGUUCAUUUUGUUUGAUAUUUUACAGUUAGUGUUUUACUCGCGUUGAUGCGGUGAAAAAUUUUGUGUUUCACUCGGUGGCAAAAUUUGUUUAACCCUCGUGCCUUAAUACCCUCGCAACGCUCAAGAUUCACCAUUUCGCACCACUCGCUAUGCUUGUGGUUUAAUUUUGGAAUAUUUCGCUUGCAAACUUGCCCCCUUGUAAAACAAAUAACUAUUAUCUUGUCCAUUAGGAUAGGAUAAAUAUAAAUUAACAUUUUAAACAAAAUUAGUAUUAUAAAAAUAUGGAAAAUAUUGUAUUCAGAAGAAAGGCAUCUCCUCGUUUAUUUUUAAUGACAUAAACUGGAUAGUUUUAAUGGUGCAAACAGUUUAUGUGAUCGUUCAUAUUUCUAAAUAAAGUUAACUAUUUCAAUAUAUAAACAGUAUUUUCAAAUCAAUCACAGGUACAAGCAAAGUUAUGGCGAUACUAUUUUUUAUAGUAUCUACCUAUAUUCAUAGAAAAAAUUUAGUUACAGAAAUAAGAAUAGCAAAUCAUCAAUUUCAAAAAAGGAGGUUUAAAAAGUUAACCUUUGAAAUAUUGACUUACUCAAAGCAUUAUAGACUAAACUCACGCCCAUGGGUGUACUUACUUACCCUUGCAAGUAAAACUCAUAAUACUCUUCGCAGGUACAUUAGACUUAAACUACCAUUCAAUUCUCACCGUUCGUGCACAGAAAAGGUACAGCGAGAAACUUGUCUUCUUACCCACGAAUACAACAACGCAACGCAUCAAAUUCGAAGAUAUGAAUAAUAACUAAAUAAAUAAAACCGACUUCAAUAAGGUAAAAUAAAUUAUUAUCAUAUUUUAGUAUAUUAAGUAUGCGUUGCAACUAUUUAAAUUUACAAUAUUUUAAACGUGUAACUGUUUUUCACUCGGACGUUUACCAAACAGCCCGAUUCCUAAAAAUACGAUAUGAAUUGGGUAGUGUCAAAAGUAGCGGUUUUGAUUGACGAAACCUCACUUUUGACACUGACAUAUCGAAUCCAUAUCGUAUGUUUAGCAUUAUGUUUGACGAAUCUUAAAGUUCGAAUCGGGCCGAAAUACUUACUUAUACAGCUUCAGUAAUUUGUGCAAGUGUUACAUACAAAAAUUCUACUCGCACUAAUUUUUUGUAUAACAUUUUUGGCAACGAAAACUAGCACCAGACAUAGAUAUAAAUAUGUUACGUAAAUGUUUAUGCCAAGUUUCAUGUAACUUAAAAUCAGAGCGUAACUUAGAUUAUAUGGAAGUGAAAGUGACUUUGGCGGCGGGUUAUUGUGACCACUGACAUAAAUGUACUACAUACUAGAUACGCUAUCGAGAACAACUAGUGUCCGCCAUUUUCGGCGUUUAACGUCUGUCACUAAGCUUAAGAAUAAUAGCUAGUCAGAGGCGAAACUGUUCAUUUUCUGACAAAAUACGUACUGUAAAGAUAACAUUUAUUUAUUGACAUUAAAGUGUAAUGAUUUUUGUUUUUUUUUGUGACACGGCCGAUAUAAAAAAUUAUAAAAAUUGUCUUAAAACCUUUUGUGUUUGACUCUCGUACUUGUAGCAAUUUUGAUCAAAUUGCACUUAUAACAUAAUAUAUUCUUUAAAUAUAAUAAUAACACUUCUAAAAAUUUAUAUAUCAUGUUUGUGUAUAUAUUCCACAAACAUUAGAAUACAUUUUCAUAAAGCAUAAAGGCAUUUUAAAUUUUUAUUAUUUUUUUAAUUUUCAUUACUUGUGUGGCAUCUCGCCGGAGACGUAAGUAAACGCAAUGAAGUGCGGCACUUCAAUGAGGUGUGGAAUCAUUUUGUUGGAGAUGCCGACUUUAGAUUUCAAUGAAUGUGACUCUUUAAAACCGAGCUACGGCAUAGUUAUCUUUUCUGCGAGCAUGGGUAAGGUAUUGUUAUUACCAAAUCAAGUUAACGUUUGAGGAGAACGACUUCACGGACUGUUGGGUUACUGGUAUUGGCGUAAUGUCAGAACAUAAACACUAACUGACUAAUCAACUAAGUAUAUGACUCCAGCAUUAGAUAAGUGUUCAUUCUGGACGAAAAUAGUACAUUACGAUACAAGUGCGAAAAAUAGGAAAUUCGAAACGAGUGGCGAUAAAUUAAAACACGACCGAAGGGAGUGUUUUAAAUCGACACGAGUUGCGAAUUACCUAUUCGCACAUGUAUCGUACAACGUUUUACAGUACAUAUGGCCCUUUAAAUGUUCGACACAGUAACAUAAUAUGCUACUUCUCGCACUAGUGCUAUAAAGUAGCCCCAUAUGUAC